UUUGAUAAAUAGGGGAGAUAACUCUAAAUAAUUGACCUUAAUUGACCCUUUAACUAUGACCUUUCUUCUAAACUAGUCAUGCUUUCAUUGCAGAUCAGAGAGGUUUUAAAACAUUUAAAAGAAGGAAAGAUAACUGCGUCAGAAUUGUGUAAUCUUAGUAUUAAACGAGCAAAAAGGUUGAAAGACUUGAAUAUUUAUAUCAGUGAAACACCAGAAUAUUCCCAACAGUUGGCUGAAAUCUCAACAAACAGAACGAAACAAGGAGAAGAGCAGAGACUAUUAGAAGGAAUUCCUGUUGCAUUUAAAGAUAAUUUUUGUACAACUGCUGUAAAGACAACAUGUGGGUCAAGAAUGCUGGCAAACUUUCAACCACCUUACAACGCUACAAUGGUGGAAAAAAUAUUGCAACAUGGUGGAGUUCUAAUGGGGAAAGCCAAUAUGGAUGAAUUUGCUAUGGGAGCGGGGAGUGUGGACAGUGCUGCUGGUCCAGUUCGAAAUCCUUGGAGAUACAAAUUUAAAAAAUCAAAUAAGAAAUCUAACCAAUCAGAGAGAAGUGAGAGUCAUGUGACUGACAAUAACUACAAUGAUUGGUUUAUUACUGGUGGAAGUUCUGGUGGUAGUGCUGCUGCCAUAGCAACAGGUGCAUGUUUUGGUGCAUUUGGCUCUGAUACAGGUGGCUCUACUCGUAUCCCAGCAGCAUUUUGUGGUGUGGCUGGAUUGAAACCAACGUAUGGUCGUCUGUCUCGUCAUGGGUUGAUACCAUUGGUUAAUUCUAUGGAUGUACCAGGAAUUAUGGGUAAAACAACAGACGAUGUUGCUGUCAUACUUAAUGGUGUGUCAGGUUUUGAUAUGAAAGAUUCUACAACGUUACCUGGUCCUCAUAAACCUAUAAAUCUACCAGAUAGACCUGAUGUAAAACAUUUACAUAUAGGAAUACCACAGGAAUAUCUUGCUCCAGGAACAACAAAAGAUGUCACAGAGACAUGGCAGCAAGUAGCAGACAUGUUAGAUGAUGCUGGAGCGAAAGUGACAUCUGUAUCGUUACCUCAUACCCAGUAUUCUAUAUUAGUGUACUCUGUUUUAUGUUGUUGCGAAGUAGCGUCCAAUAUGGCCAGAUAUGAUGGAAUCGAAUUUGGUUACCGUGACAACAAUGAUGUGUCUACAGAAGAGAUGUUUGCUGGCACGAGGCAUCAUGGUUUUAACGAUGUUGUUCGUAGUAGAAUAAUGGCUGGAAAUUAUUACCUUUUAAAAGAGAAUUAUGAACGUUAUUUUAUCAAAGCUCAGAAAGUCAGACGACUAAUCAGUGACGAUUUUAACCGAGUUUUUUCUUCUGGUGUUGAUUUACUUCUAACGCCGACCACCAUUGGUCCAGCCGUAACAUAUGAGGACUUUACGAAGGCUGAUAAUCAGUCACGCUCCAUUGAAUUCGAUGUAUAUACCCAACCCUCUAAUUUAGUAGGUAUUCCUGCAUUAACAGUACCUGCGGGUUUGUCUAGAGAUUGUUUACCAAUAGGAUUACAGAUACUAGGUCCACAUCUACACGAACAAUCUAUUCUCAGUUUAGGAAAGUGGAUAGAACAACAAGUCAACUUUCCCUAUUUAAAUCUAGAUUUUUUAGAUAAUGAGCAGUUAUUAUGAUAAAAGUUUUAGAUGAUGAGCAGUUAUUAUAUUAUGGAAAAUGAGCAGUUAUUAUGAGAACAGUUUUAGAUGAUGAGCAGUUAGUAUAUUAUGGAUUAUGAGCAGUUAUUAUGAUAAAAGUUUUACGUGAUGAGCAGUCAUUAUGCAUGAUGAGCAGUUAUUAUGAUAAAAGUUUUACGUGAUGAGCAGUCAUUAUGCAUGAUGAGCAGUUAUUAUGCAUGAUGAGCAGUUAUUAUGAUAAAAGUUUUGGAUGAUGAGCAGCUAUUAUGAGAAUAGUUUUGGAUGAUGAGCAACUAUUAUGAGAAUAGUUUUAGAUGAUGAGCAGUUAUUAUGGAUGAUGAGCAGCUAUUAUGAGAAUAGUUUUAGAUGAUGAGCAGUUAUUAUGGAUGAUGAGCAGCUAUUAUGAGAACAGUUAUCAUGAGAACAGUUUUAGGACUUUUUGAGAGUCAUUUUAAUUAGCAAAUGUGAUUGUUAAUUUAAUUCUAGAAUAUUUUUUCUGCGUUAAGUGGUAAAGACAGAUGAAUUCAGAAUAGGGUACCAUAAAUAUAAAACAUGAAAUAUUAAUUUGAUUUGCAAAUUUUUUUUGUGUUAUGGAUACAAUCACUUUAUUUAUAACACCUGCUUUUUGGGGAACUGUGGUACUUGAGUACACUAGUGUGUCUCGUUAAAAUCGCAUUGCAAAUUAUGCCUGAACAAUUUCAGAUUUGGAGCCACUUUUAAAAAGAGAUUUUGAUGUCACAAUGAUAUUAUCAAUGCCAAAUCAAAUUUUUACAUUUUAAUUCUGUGAAUGUCAUUGAGGAAUCCCUUGCAGAUAAAAUAUUAAUGUGAACUUAGGCAAUGAGAGGAUGGACCCUAUCGAUAUUAAGCAUCCUUCGAUUUUCCGUUCAGGAGUAAUGCUCGAAAAACCUUCUGUACCUUGUGAACGCAAUAAAGACUAGUUUUUAAUGGA